AGGUCUGGGCAGCCAAAGAAUGUUGUAGGUAACGGUCAUCGGCGCAAGGAUCAUUUCGUUGCUGGGAAGGGACGGCCCUUGCCCGCGGUGAUGGUGGUUAGCAAGAUGAACAAAGAUGUGCAGAUGAGAGCAGCAAUUAACCAAAAGUUGAUAGAAACUGGAGAAAGAGAACUCCUCAAAGAGUUACUGAGAGCUAAAUUAAUUGAAUGUGGCUGGAAGGAUCAGUUGAAGGCACACUGUAAAGAGGUAAUUAAAGAAAAAGGACUAGAACACGUUACUGUUGAUGACUUGGUGGCUGAAAUCACACCAAAAGGCAGAGCCCUGGUACCUGACAAUGUAAAGAAGGAGCUCCUACAAAGAAUAAGAACAUUCCUUGCUCAGCAUGCCAGCCUCUAAGAUUGAAUUAGAUUGUGUUGUUUUGUGGUUUUAUUUCUGAAAGUAAAACUUGCCAUAAAUUAGGAAUCAGUUUCCCAAAAUGAAAUCCUUUUUUGUAUGAUGGUAUACAGUUUUCAGUAAUGAUGUAUACAGUUGUAUUGAUUUUUUCCCCUAAA